UAAGUUUCGUGAAUUGAGCAGGUUAUUUUGCAGUUUUUGUAGAAAUUAUAAUACGUUAGAAAUAGAUAUGAGUAAUAUCUUUAAAUUAAAAUUAAGCGCCCUCGGCCAUCCCAAUCCAGAAAGCUUUAAUUGUGAAGACGAAAAGGAGUAUAGGAGUGUUGUGCUGUGGCUAGAGGAUCAGAAGAUUCGACAUUAUAAGAUAGAGGAUCGUGCGGGGCUUAGAAAUAUCGAUUCAGAGAGUUGGAAGGAAGCUUAUGAUUCCUAUCAGAAAGAUCUUGUUAGCCCGGCGUCUAAGGGUACCCCUAAUGAGCAGUUAAAUUGGCUGCUAUCCUACGCCGUGAGACUAGAAUACGCCGACAACGUGAUGAAGUACAAAAAUGCAAAGGUGGAAGAACCUAAGCAAGCUGCACCCAGUGUUGUAUCCUCAAACCCAUUGGACAAUCUUGACUUUUCAAGUCCUGCCUUCAAAGCAGGCGUGCAAAGAGUUUGUACACUUGCUGCUGUCGGGCCACAUCCAGACCCAAAGUUCCAGUUGGCUGCUCUAGCCAGAAUCCUGAAGACAUCACCUCAUCCAGAACCCACGAAGUCCGAAGUGAACAUCAUUCAGCAGCCAUCUGAUGUUUUGAAACUAUUAUUUGUGCAAGACCUUAGAGAUUUACAAACCAAAAUCAAUGAGGCCUUGGUUGCAGUCCAGACAGUCACUGCAGAUCCACGUACUGACACAAAACUAGGCAAAGUAGGAAGAUAAAAUUAUGUUGUGGCAUAACACCUAUUUAUUGCAUUGUAACAAAAUUAAAACUGAUACUAAAUUUACAAGUGUAGGUGAAUAGGUGUUUCAUAAAAAUUUUGAUAUACUUUCUGCACAAGAUUAUAUAGCUCUUUUGAACUACCUUUUGGGGAAAUUUGUAUCAUCAAUUAUGAGUAGCGGUUCUAUAUGUUAAUAAUAACAACUUAUAAUUUUGGCUGACGCAUCUAAUAUACCA